AUGCAUGAUGUGAUGCAUGAAUUAGUAGUGGUAUUGAACUGGAAAUUCUCCAAAAUGGACAGUGCUUGGAUUUUAGGUUUGGCAGGAUCAGUGUUGUUCUUCAUGCUUCUCUGUAAGAGUUUAAUAACCAGAAUUAGCAGAUCAAGAUACAGAUAUCCACUUCCUUUAGGAACUCUUGGAUGGCCUCUCAUCGGUGAAACCUUCCAGUUCAUCUCUUGUGCUUACUCAGAUCAUCCUGAAAGCUUUAUGGACAAGCGUCGCCGCAUGUAUGGAAAUGUCUUCAAAUCACACAUCUUUGGUAAUCCAACCAUCAUAUCAACAGAUGCUGAGGUUAGUAGGUUUGUUCUGCAGAGUGAUGCAAAGUCUUUUGUGCCAUCUUACCCAAGAUCACUCACUGAGUUAAUGGGUAAUUCAUCCAUUUUGAGGAUCAAUGGAAGUCUACAAAGAAGAGUCCAUGGACUCAUUGGAGCUUUCUUUAAAUCACCUCACCUCAAGGCUCAGAUCACCCAAGAUAUGCAGAAGUACCUGCAAGAAUCCAUGGAUACUUGGAAAGACAAUCAACUCAUCUACAUCCAAGAUGAAACUAAAAAUAUUGCAUUUCAAGUUCUGGUGAAAGCAUUGAUUAGUUUAGAGCCAGGUGAAGAAAUGAAGUUCCUAAAGCAAAGAUUUGAAGAAUUCAUUGCUGGUCUUAUUUCCUUACCAGUAAAGAUACCAGGAAGUCAGCUUUACAGAUCAUUACAGGCAAAGAAAAGAAUGGUGAAGUUGGUUCAUGAGGUUAUCCAAGACAGAAGGAGGAAGAACAGCCCAAGCAUUCCAAGAGAUGUGGUUGAUGUAUUGCUCGGUGACACAAGUGAGCAAUUAACAGAUGAACUAAUAUCAGAUAACAUGAUUGAUUUCAUGAUUCCAGGGGAGGAUUCAGUACCCCUCCUUAUAACUCUUGCUAUAAUGUACCUCAGUGAUUCUCCUAUGGCUCUUCAUCAAUUGAUGGAGGAAAACAUGAAAUUGAAAAGACUAAAAGCUAAACUUGGAGAACCUUUAUGUUGGAGUGACUACAUGGAUUUGUCAUUCACACAAAAUGUAAUAACGGAGACCCUAAGGAUGGGAAACAUCAUCAUAGGAGUGAUGCGUAAGGCCAUGAAAGAUGUGGAGAUAAAAGGGUAUUUGAUACCCAAGGGAUGGUGUGUCUUUACAUACUUCAGAUCAGUUCAUCUUGAUGAACAGCAUUAUGAUUGGCCUUACCAGUUCAAUCCAUGGAGGUGGCAAGACAAAGACACGGGUUCUUGUAACUUCUUCACACCCUUUGGAGGUGGACAGCGGCUUUGUCCAGGACUUGAUUUGGCCAGGCUUGAAGCUUCUAUUUUCCUCCACCACUUUGUGACUCAAUUCAGGUGGGUAGCUGAGGAUGAUUCAAUAAUCAACUUCCCCACAGUAAGAUUGAAAAAGAGAAUGCCAGUGUGGGUCAAAAGGAGGUAACUAGGAACCCUUAACUUUUGACCCUUCAUGCAAGGGGACAAGCAAACAAACAAUCCAAAAAGUCUCAAAACCCAAUAAGCAGAAGCUGAGUUCAUUGCUAACGUGUGGAAGUUGUCACAGUCUGACACAAUUGUCCUUCUCUUUUUCCACAUACAGACAAGAGAAUGUAAGGUAGUUUCAAAUCCUGUUGGGCCAAAAACAUCUAAUUCCUCCUCCUUUUCACCGUAUCUGUUUACUUUGUACAAAUCAACUUAAAGUGAUUAAGAGGUUUGCACUUUGCACCAGCAUUUUGUCUUUAAAUUAGGAAUAGAUCCCUAUCAGAACAGUAAAUUUGUAAUGGAAAGCUAUUUUGUGUUGGAGAGAAAGCAAGAAAUGAUCAAAGUUUGCAGCU